AUGCUUGUAAUUAAUAUAUUAAAAAAUCAAACCAUUUUAAGUUUUGUGAAUCCUUUCAGUGGUUUAAAAAACUAUGAAAUUAUUCAAAAACUUGAAUUAGGAUCAUAUGAUGCUACUGCAAGUGUUAAUGGAACUGUUUACGAAGCUAUUAACGAUCUUUUGGGAUAUAAAAAUUAUAAAGAUAUUCCUAUUGGUGUAAGUCCUGGUUUAGAUUCUGCAUAUUCUGCUCUUAUUGUUAUUAAAGAUAAUGAAACAUUGAUGUUUGUUCAGUUGGGUAAAAAAGAUGUUCGGAAUAGUUGA